AUGGAUCCGAAAAAGGUGCAAGCGAUUGUCAAAUGGCAGGCGCCUAGUGAGGUCAAAGAGUUGAGAUCAUUCUUGGGGCUGGCAAACUAUUACCGCAAGUUCAUUGCAGGUUACUCUAAGAAAGCUACGUCUUUAAUAGAUUUUCUAAAGAAAGAUGUCAAGUGGGUAUGGUCUGACAAGUGCGAUGCAGCAUUUCAGACGCUGAAGGAAGCUAUUUCCUCAAAACCCAUAUUAAAGCUAUCAAACUUUGAGUUACCAUUUGAAGUACACAUUGAUGCGUUGGACAAGGCUAUGGGGGCGUGGUUAUUCUAUAUGAACGUGGUGAAGCACUUCAGUUUGCUAAGUGAUAUUGUGAGUGAUAAAGAUGCGUGGUUCACUGAGAGGAUAAGUCACCUAAGGCACUAUAUGACAGCAAGACAAUGGAAUUGGGAAGACUUGUUGGAUACAGCGCAGUUUUGCUACAAUCUGCAUAGGUCGGCGGCAACAGAAAAGAGCCUAUUUGAACUUGUCUUAGGCAUGUAG